AUGGCAAGCCUAUUGAAAAUAGAAAAUAAAGAUUGUUUGUAUGAUAUUGUUGAAUGUGUCUUAGGAAGUGUAGAUCAUAAAGUGUUUGAUGUACAAGAAGCAUUUAACACUGUAUACGACGAAGUGAUGUCCGACGAAAUCUCCGGUGACGAUGACAAUGCUAUUAAUUACAAGAAGGAAAAGUACCUACCAUUGAUCAAACUGAUACUUGAUCAGGUAAAUCCUGAAUCAUUGGACUUAGAGGACAUUUUGAAUCAGGCAUGUCGUGAUUGUUCCUCAGAUGUUGUUAAACUGUUGUUAGAAAAUACCGAUCAUAAACAGUUAGAUGUAAAGAAAGCAAUGAACAUAAUAUACAACUUAUGGGUGCACAACAAGGGCGACAAUGACGAGGGGGCCAUGGGACGGGAGAUAGAGAAACAAUACAAUAAUGAGGAAGAAAAGGAGGAGAAAAAGAUAGGGGAACAUGAGAAUGAUGAAAAGGAGGAGCAGGAGAUGGAAGAGCAUGAAGGAGAGAAGGAUGAAAAUGAAGUUGGGGACAAGGAAGAUGAGGACAAAGAGGGAGAAAAACAGCAAUGA